AUGUCGAAGCUAUCAGAGGGCUUGAAAGCUCUCAUCAAUGCUGCACACGCUCGACCUACCGUCACUAAAGCGCCUGCCAACGUCAGGGCCAUAUACAGCCAGAUAUCAGAUUCUGCCAAAACACAUCAUGUCGGCACACCAGCAUGGCUCACCAUCGCAACAGCAACAACCAUGACCUUGAACUCGCCUGCAUCGCUGCUACAACUACAUGCUCUGGCAUCUCAGUCACAGUCAAAGCUCAGCCCUACGGAGACUGCAGAGCUCAUGCGCGAAGUCGGCCUCAAAUGCAUCUCCUUCAAUGGCAUUCCGCGGACGAUCAACUCCCUUGGUGCUUUCAGGGACGGCCUUCCAAAGGACGUUCAGUCACAGCUCAAGACUGAACCGACGAGGGAGAUCUCGUCACAGAAUGCCGACGCCAUCGUGUCACGCGGGCGUUCGCUGUGGAACAGUAUCUACCGCCCCUUCGAAGACAAGCUCGUCGACAAGCUAGCACUUUCACACCCCAACCUACCGGUCUAUAUCAUAAAUUCGCACUAUGCAACCAAUCUGUCCGACCCAGAUCAAAACAUGCCUGUGAAGGUGGGCCGCGUUUUGACGAGCCUGGUGGCAAUAUCGUGCCUCCGCGCCCAGACUGGAGUUGCGCCGCAAGUCUUGAGCCAUAUUUUCGGGUUGCGCAAAGCUUUUGACGAUGGCUCUGCUGAGACAGAUGUCGAAGGUGGUAAGUGGCUUGCUGGUGAAGAAGGCAAUCGCUGGAUUCUGGAUACUAUCGAUUCUAUCGUGGCAUCCAUUGGCGGGGAGGCAGGCACGACCUUUGCGCCAGGUCUUGGACAGGAAAGGGCGAAGCUUUAG